AUGCUGGCAGCUGUACUAUUACUAAGCGAAACAGGGUCGCACAUUGCCAGGCCGCUUGUGGAGAUGAACAAGGAUAAAAUAUCCCAAAUGAUUGAGGUGUUUCUGGAUGUAAAGGGAAAAAGAAAGUAUGCAUGCGCGCUGCCUAGCCCAAUAGGCACGUUCUUCUAUCAAGAGGUAGAUAGUCUGACAGUGGUUGUUCUGGCGGAUAAAGAAGACAGGCGCAUCUCAGAGUCGCUCAAAAAGGUAGAGGUUCUUAGCAAGUCGCUUAUAAAGGACAUAAGUUUGGAGAGCAGCGAGAUUUUUCUUCUGCUUUCCAUAAUUGACGAGAUAUUCACAAAAGAAGGGGUUGUAAACAGAACAGUUGAAGAGAUAACGCGGAUAGUGGGGAUGCAGAGCAAUGAUGAAAUACUGCACGAGAUGAUCAUGAAAGGAAAAGAGAAGGAAAUGGAGAAGGCUGCAAAAAUGAGAAAGAUGCAUCCUGCAAUCGAUGAGAUUACCAAAGAAAUGGAGGAGAUACGAAUCCUGAGGAAAGACCUAAAGGAGAUUCCAGUGGCAGUACAUAGAAAGGAAGAGCCAAAGGCAAGAUUUGAGAUAAAGAAGACAAAGCCAUUUAUAGAGACAAUGGAGAAUAAAAUAAACAUUGUAACCCAUCAGAAGCACACAGCAACCAUAAAUUCAGAAACAGAAAUAGUCAAGGCAGAGGGCGUGGGGGAAAUGCUGAUCAGAAUAACAGACGAAGAGCAUGCAAAUAUUUCGAUCCAUCUGAACAAAUCCAAGCCAAGCAAUGCACGGGCGCACCCCUCUGUAGAUAAAAAGGCUUUUUUAGGAGACAGAAUAGUCCCAAAGACAGACCUGCCAAAAGGCAUUACUCUUACUCUGAUGAAGUGGCCUCUUGAGGAGGUAAAGAUGCCAAUUGAGGUGUCAUUCUGGCAGACUGAGAUAUCAGAGGAGCGGUACAAGUUUUUUAUUGAAAUAACCGCAAAUACUGAUGUAAAGAAAGUGGUUGUAAAGGUCCCCAUUAAAAGAGUGUCUGACAUGGAGAUAGUGAAUGGAAAGGUUGCAGGCGAUUACAUAGUUGGCGAAAUAGAAGAUAUAACCCGGGACGAAUCGAAGUCAGUUGAGUUUUCAGGCCUCUGUGAUGACACGGACUCGCUCUUCCCAUUCCACGUGUGCUAUACUGUUGAGGAGAAAGAAACGCUCUCUCCGCUUGAGGUUGAGUCCGUCCACCACGCAGAGAGUGAGGGCGGGGCGCAGGUUGAUCGUGCGUUCAUUUCAAUGGCCACAGUAAUUGAAGGAGACUGCACAGUGCUCAACCACUAG